CCGGGCUCCCCGAGCGACUGCGCGCCCUCAUCUGGGCUGGUUCCCCUACCACAGGCGGCUGGGGAGGAGUGCACCGUCCUGCCCGGGAAUGCCCCGUCCCAAGGCCUCAUGCUGGGCACAGGCGACCCGGGGCUGCACUCAUGCACCCACCGGAGCAAGGGAGGAAGACAAGGUAGGCAGUGCCACUACACAGUGCCAGAUGUCACAGGUCAGUGCAAUAGUCUCUCCCUGAGAUAUGACCAGAAGCACCUCAAGAUAAAUGAAUUUUCCUGGAAGGAUGUUGCCACUGCCCUGUCCCUGGCUAACAUAGUCCUGGGGCUCUUCUCCAUCUUUUGCAGCUUCAGCAGGAAAUCCCACUGUGCCUCCUGGAUGCUUCUGAUGAGCUUCCUGCUGGACAUGGUGAUAGGGGCGAUGACCAGACACCUUAACAUCUGCUGCAAAAUGGGAGCUGAGCUGAACGACUUUGCUGUCUUCACCACCUUCGGCCUGGCCUCGGCCCUGCUCCUCGGUGUGGACGGGCCUCUGAAUGGGCUUGUGGCCGUCAUCUACGUGCUAACCACUUCCUUCCGCCUGUGUUUUUAUUCAUCUGCAGGAGUUCCCUUCUCAUACAAGGGCCUCCCCUGCUCCUACGCUUCCUGUGUUCUGGCGUCCAUCUCCCUUCUGACCAAAGGCAGCACGUUCAUUCUCUGCCUCAUGGCCUCACUCAUGAUUCUGUUCAUGGUAGACCAGAGCUACUACCCACGCGAUGAUGUCCUGGAGUCUGAGAACUGGAAAAAAGUGGUUUAUGUGGCAGGUGUCGUCAUGCUGUUUUUCUCCCCAUUUACCCUCACCGCUUUUUACUGCCUGCUGUGGUCGCUCUCCUACAUCUUCUUUCCGGAUGCGCUGUGGGGCAGGACACUCUGCAUUAGUCUGUAGCGUGGAGGAAACCAUAGGCCCACCAGCUCCCGCUGGCCUCUGUGGGCCCUGUGUCAGCACGUGAGGCGGGCCGUGUCUCACAUGACUAAAGCUUUCCUCGUGCCUGCGUUGUCCUGUGCCAGAUACACAUGAUCGCUGUUGUCUUGAACCGUAACAAACCACGGUUAGUGACAUGAAGACACUGCUAGGUCAGCUGAGAUCUGGCUAUACUCCUCGGCCGGCUAUAACCCCCCACCUCAGAGCCUUUGUCUCCUACACAGUGAAUUUUAAGUACAGAAUGAUUCUUCUUGGGCUUCCUCUUAGGAAGAAGUGAGCAGCCCAAGACUUUAACACUGCAUUUCUCAGUGGAAUCAGUGAAGCUGGAGGGGUCCUUUGGGUGGAUUCUGCCCAAGCCGAAGGGGCAGCUCUUUGUAUCUGGUGAGCCAGCUCAGGUGACUGAGGGCUCUGCUACUUCUGUAGCUCUGUGACCUUGAAUAAAAUGUUUCUCUCUAAGCCCA